UUGGACAUAAGUUACAUUAUCGUCGUUGCAACGAUCGAUUCGAAACCACUGAAGUGCUUUUAUUAAUAAAAUAAAGUUUAAUUCAAUUUCGAAAAUGCUUUUAAAGAUAACUGCUUUACUCGUCGUCGUAGCCGUUGCUGAAGUGUACUCAGUAGCUAUUGCAGUUGCACCAGCACAUGCAAUCGUUAAGACCGAAGACUAUGAUCCACAUCCGCAAUACAGUUUUGCAUACGACAUCAAGGACCACUCGACUGGUGAUGAUAAGCAACAACAUGAAACACGUGAUGGUGAUGUGGUCAAAGGACAGUAUUCGUUAGUGGAACCAGACGGCUCUCGUCGAACCGUUGAUUACUCAGCUGACCCAAUAAAUGGUUUCAAUGCCGUUGUUUCUAAAUCACAUGCCACUCAUCAUACCGUAAAAGCGGUUGCUCCACUUCUGCAAACAUACCAUGCACCGGCCACAAUUAUUUCACCAACAUAUGUAGCUCAUCAUGCUCCUACCUAUGUUGCACAUGCACCAGUCAUCGCAUCCCAUGCCACACAUGCUGUUGUGUCUCACCAUGCACCGGCGACCUAUGUUUCCCAUUCCCCAGUAUACGCACACUCGGCUCCCAUUCUACAUCACGCACCCGUGUAUACGCACACCACAUUACUUCAUAAAUAAUUCUGUGUGAAAGGUUUCUACGAGAGAGCGAAUAUUUAUACAAAAAUUGUGUUAAAAAAAUGUCAAAGGACAUUUUAAUGUACAUAUUACGCAUACACACUUGAAUUAUGAUUAAUACCGACACUCACGAUGACGAAUUUUGUAUUAUAUAAUCUAUGCCUUUUGCUUCAAAAUACUGGAGCCGUUAUGUGUGGAAAUCAUUUCAAUAAUAAAUGAACUUUAAAUGAA